GUUUGUGGGGUUGGAUACAGAAAGGGGAAAUGUUACGGGCAUUGCUGUGGCUGCAGCAGGGGUUUCUGAGCAGAUACCGCCUGGAAGAAUGGGGAUGCAGGUACAGCUUCCGCUUAAGCCUCCACCCGGUAGGGUAAAUCCUUUUGAAGAUCCUACUAGUCCAGCCCCUCCCCCACUACCUCCUGCCAAGAUAACCAAUCUCGCAGUAGUCCUUGACAUCCCUUUGUUUUCUACAAAUAUCCUGAUAUUGGUGUUUGGUGCAUCUUAUUUUAUGCUUCAGGCUGCUUGCACGGAACUACGGAAGAGCAGGUUGUUUCACAAGCUCCUUGAGGCAGUUUUGAAAACUGGCAAUCGUAUGAAUGAUGGAACAUUUCGUGGUGGUGCUCAAGCAUUUAAACUUGACACGCUUCUGAAACUAUCAGAUGUAAAAGGAAUAGACGGCAAAACUACGUUGUUGCAUUUUGUUGUUCAAGAGAUAAUCCGUUCAGAAGGUAUACGAGCUGCCCGUGCCAGAGACCGAGGGAGUGUGUCUAGCAUCAAGUCUGAUGAUCUACCCGAGGAUCAGUCUCAAGAUGCAGAGGAGUAUUAUCGAAGUACUGGUCUACAGGUUGUUUCAGGUUUGAGUAGUGAAAUUGAAAAUGUGAAAAAAGCUGCAAUUUUGGACGCGGACAGCUUAACAGGCACAGUAUCCAAGCUUGGUCGUGCACUAAAAGAAUCACGGGAUUUCCUAAAUUCAGAAAUGAAGAACGUAGAUGAUGAAAAUAGGUUUCACCAGACCCUGAAGAUUUUUGUGCAGAAUGCUGAGCUUGACAUCAUGUGGUUAUUCGAGGAAGAAAAAAGAAUUAUGGCCUUAGUUAAAAGCACAGGAGAUUAUUUCCACGGAAAUGCAGGGAAAGAUGAAGGUUUACGAUUGUUUGUUAUCGUUCGUGAUUUUCUGAUAAUAUUAGAUAAGGUAUGCAUAGAGGUGAAAAAUGCUCAGAGAAAGCUAAACGGCACGCCAAAGAAGGAGAAUGUGGCAAGUAAAACUUCAGAGUCCACCAAUCCACCUCCCCUCGAUCUCCGACAGAAGCUUUUUCCAGCUAUCACAGAUAGGAGAAUUGAUGAUUCUAGUUCGGAUGAUGAUGCUUCUUAAGGUAAGGGAUCUGAGUCAUUUUUGAGCUGAAGUUUGGUAAAUAGGGAAAUGAGAUUCAGUUUUUGCAAGUUGUGCUAACAGAGGGAUCUCAAUUCGAGGCAACAGAGGUGGUUGGAGUUGCUCAAAGACGACGAUAUGGCUUGUACAUGACUCUAUUUCAAUAUUUUUCACUUGUACUUAAAAGAGUAGUUAGGAAAAUUCUUAUUCAUUUUUCCUCCAGUUUAGUUGAUAAUUCUCU